AAAGAUUUUGGCAGCCGGCUCCUCCUCUUCUCUCCAAGCCUGGGAGGGACUAACCCCCCUCUGCUGCUCCACACAAGGAGCUUUCUCUCUCUCUCCUCCCUCUCCCUCACGUACAGUCACACAAACAUACACACAGCCUGGCAGCACCACACACACUACACACAGUCACACACCUAGCACAAAGCAACAAGCAGCAAGCUGGGCUCUCAUGCAAGAAGAGUCAGAGGCAGAAGAUGGCUGACCUGACAGCAGAGCAACCUCAACCCAGCAGCCUGGCAUCCCCAACCCUCUCUGCUGAUCUCCCUUCUCACACAAUCCCUGACGUCUUUCACCUCUAAAUAGAGGGGGGGAACAGUCACUUCACUUUCCUUCCCUUCCGCCCCCCCCCCCCCCCCCCCACACACACAUACACACACACUCCCCUCAACAUACUUUAAUUCCAGCAGCCAUUUCAUCAGACCAAACUAGACUAAACAUGGCAGAAAUGGAGAAAGAAGGGAGACCUCCAGAAAAUAAAAGAAGCAGAAAGCCUGCUCACCCUGUGAAAAGGGAGAUUAAUGAGGAGAUGAAGGCCUCCCAUCAGUCCCGAUUUCAAGACCUGUCCCACCGUCCCAAAUAUUGGGGACACCAGGGAACUGUCCCCAACAAGCAUAGCAACUUUGCAGAGAAUACAAUGAAUGAACUUCUAGGCUGGUAUGGGUAUGACAAGGUGGAACUAAAUGAUGCAGAAGACAUUGAAUUCAAGAACUAUCAUGGAGACGGUGAAGGCAGACAGCAUAUUUCUGUUCUCAAAGAAAAUUCUUUGCCAAAACCAAAAUUACCUGAGGACAGUGUUACGUCACCAUACAAUACAAAUAUAAAUUAUUCAGGACACGGUACUGGAAAUGGGAUUGCAGGACUACCAGCGGGGUCAAAGGAUCAUGGAAACAUGCCAAUUGUCAUGCCAUUAAUUCCUCCUCCGUUCAUGAAACCAUCAGCAGAGGACGAUGUGUCAAAUGUACAAAUCAUGUGUGCUUGGUGCCAGAAAGUUGGAAUCAAACGCUAUUCGUUGAGCAUGGGAAGCGAAGUGAAAAGCUUCUGCAGUGAAAAGUGUUUUGCCGCCUGUCGGAGAGCAUACUUCAAGAGAAACAAGGCUAGAGAUGAAGAUGGACAUGGUGAAACUUUCUCCCAGCAGCACUAUGCUAAGGAAACUCCGAGACUUGCCUUCAAGAAUAACUGCGAGCUACUUGUAUGUGAUUGGUGUAAACACAUAAGGCAUACUAAAGAAUAUCUGGAUUUUGGAGACGGGGAACGACGGCUUCAGUUCUGCAGUGCAAAGUGUCUAAAUCAAUAUAAAAUGGACAUAUUUUACAAAGAGACACAAGCCAACCUCCCAGCUGGACUAUGUAACACAUUGCAUCCCCCAGCUGACAAUAAAGCAGAAGGAACAGGGGUACAGCUGCUAACGCCAGAUUCUUGGAAUAUAUCGCUGACAGAUGCUCGACGAAAAAUUCCUUCCCCAGUGUCUGCAGCCGGCCAAAUGCAAGGUCCUGGAUCAUCAGCCUCUACCGCUGCAUCUCCAUCUGAUACUGCCAACAAUUCUGCUUCUAAAAUCCCUACACCUGUACCCAAAUCCAUUCCUAUUAAUGAAAAUCCAAAUAUGCCUCCAGUUCCUGUACCACCACCUGCCAGCAUUGUGCCUCCCAUGGGUGUACCACCCAGGAGUCCUCCCAUGAUUAUGACGAACCGAGGACCAGUUCCUCUGCCCAUUUUCAUGGAACAACAAAUCAUACAACAAAUACGUCCACCUUUUCUUAGAGGACCCCAUGGCUCAAAUCCUAAUAGCCCUUUGUCUAAUCCAAUGAUUCCUGGUAUGGGCCCGGGUGGUCCUAGAGUUAUGGGUCCCGCCUCUAGUCCUAUGCAUAGACCAAUGUUGUCACCUCAUAUUCAUCCAUCAAGUACACCUACAAUGCCUGGAAAUCCACCAGGAUUGCUUCCACCACAUCCACCUGGAGGCCCUUUACCUAGUCUUCCUUUUCCCCCUAUAGGCAUGAUGCCAAAUGGCCCUAUGCAUAUGCCACAGAUGGUCAAUUUUGGAUUGCCAUCCCUUGCCCCAUUGGUGCCACCGCCAACCCUGUUAGUGCCAUAUCCUGUAAUUGUCCCUCUGCCUGUUCCAAUACCAAUUCCCAUUCCCAUUCCUCAUCUAUUUGAUUCCAAACCCCCAAAUGACUUCUCCCGUAAUGGUGAAAACAUCAUUCCAAGUUCAUCAAGUGAGUCACCUGGGGCAAAGCCAAAGGACAACUCUUUGUCUCAAAGGGAAUCUAAACAAAAAUCAUUUAAAUCUUCAGACUCUUCGCCAGGUGGUGCAGGGCAGUCUUCUCACCAGACUCCCAUACUUCAGGAGGACACUAAAACUGAAGUUGUGGAUUUAACACUGAGGACAGCAAGCCCGGAAAACAGUAAACUUGGCAUCCCCAAUAUACUUCAGGUCCCACAGGAUGGAGUUAUAGACUUAACUGUGGCACACAGAUCUAGACUUCACAAUGUAAUUCACAGAACUGUCAAUGCUCAACUAAAACUUGAACAUGAACCCAACAGUGUUGUAAACUUGGCUUUUAGUAACUCGGAUAGAAAGAACUGUAGUAACUGCAGGGACAAUUGUAGCCCAGUGGACACAAAAACAUAUCCAUCCAGUGACUCGGCCUAUUCCUGUCCUAUUUCGCUGGUCUCCAGCCCUCCAGGACACGAGACCAGCGCAGCAGUUUGCAAUGUCAUUGUAAACGGUACAAAAAGCACAGAUAUUUCUAAAAACUCAGAAAAAUCUCCUCUUGAGCAGAAAAAAACUACUCUAGAUAAAGAGCCACUUGUAAACGAAUUAGAGUCUGUUAAAGAAAAUAAUUGUGCUUCAAAUUGCCAUCUAGAGUUAGAAACCAGCAAGAAGAGUCUUACAGAAGAGACCCUCAUGGCUGGGGACAAACAAGAUCCCAACCUAAACAACCCCGCCGAUGAGGAUCAUGCUUAUGCAUUGCGUAUGCUGCCUAAAACAGGCUGUGUUAUCCAGCCUGUGCCAAAACCAGCAGACAAGACAGCAAUGAUACCAUGUAUAAUCCCAACACCAAUUCUCGCCACAGGGACAGAGGAUUUGGAGCCACCACUCAAAAGGAGGUGUCUCCGUAUUCGAAAUCAAAAUAAGUAAAAGGAUUCUGGCUAACAGGGUAUCUUGCAUGGAGAAAGGGAGCAGCGCAAGUCAUGUGAUGUCACCAAACUACACCAGCUGGUCCACACUUACUGUACAUCUACCUGCCACUGCCUCAGCUAUAAAUCUUUCUUCUGUUUGUACCCACCAUCCCGCAAGCAAAGUCAUCCAUUCAGAACUCAAAGGAUACUGAGCAUUCCUCUUUAUUUCUACUUCCCUUCCUCACCUCUACACACUUAUUUACAAAAAAAAAAAUAUGUGGACCAAUCUAGUGCUUAUCGCUGCAGUGUUAUUGAAUUGGGAAAUGUCUGUCUGGAACAUAUUGUGGACUUCAGCUUUUUUGGAUUGUUACUUUUUAAGAGACUUGUAUGGUUGUGCUGCUACAGUGAGAAUUGUAAUUUGCAUUAGGGGGUGUGGGACUAUUGGAAGGGGUAAAGGUUUUGGAUUGGAGUAGCAACACUUCAAAGUCAUCUCUCUAUUACCCUCAAUGCACUUUUAAUUGACGCAUUUGUAUAAAAAAAACAACACAAAAGUUUUAUUGGCUAAUAUUGUACUUUUUAUUUUAUUUUUUAUUUUAUUAUAACAAAGGCCACCUUUAUGUCUAAUGCCAUAGAUUCAGUGUUAGGCUUUCUGGAGUGUAAUCCUUUAAACUGAAGCUCAGUAGAAGGCAGCAUAAAUAGUUUAUAUUGUGGUUUCUUGUACAGGCUAGAUGGCAAAAGAGAUUUGCAAAUGUAUAUUCUACUCAACUUUCUUUCUUUCUUUUUUUUUUUUUUUUUUUUUAAAGCUCCCCUAGAUUGUACCCCAUUUAAGAACAGAGCAAAAGUGUUGAAGUAAAGACCAAAACUCCCUUAAGGUGUAAGAUAAUCUGGAAAGGGAAGGAGGAGAUAUUUUCUGAACGUCAUAAGAGAUAUGGAUGAAAUUACACCCGUGCUAGUUUUCCAGUUCUCCAGGAAGCCAGCGAGACAAUCUCUCCACAUAUACACAACCCUUUCAUGAUAAUUGGAAUGGUAUGGGCAUACUAAUGAUGGAAUGAGGGUUUCAUCAAACACCCCCUUACAACACCUCCCUUUCCCCUGCCCGCUGUUCUGUUCCAGUGUUUACUUACUCCUGUCUUGUUUAAGAGAAAUGUGCAAUUCAAUCCUCGGUCUCUGGUCAGAGGAUAUAACAGGGUAAAAAUCACAGAAACGUGUAUGCACUUGUACAGAUGUAGCCAAGAGUCCAAAAUGAUACUAGAUUAGAGCAUGUAUGCUCGCACUGAUCGUGAAAAUAAGUGGAGCUGAUUUAAUGUUUGCCCCCUGCCCUCUUUUUUAUUUUAUAAACUGGAGGUUUUUUGAAGGAUCUCAUUAAAAAUCACAUUGUGAUUCAGUGUAUAUGUUUACUAACGGAAAAAUAAGCGUUUUCUCAUUCACCUUUUCUGCACAGUGCCUGCUAUCUGAGGUAGACAUGCGAUAUGUGUAUAUAAAUAUAAAUAUAUACACAUUUUUUUAAAGAAACACUCCAGACACUAUAACCACUUCAUAACACUGUAGUGGUUAUGGUGCCAGGAGUACCAGGAGUGUCUUGGCAACCCCUUUAUGCAAGUUACCUAGAGUCCGCUGGGCACUAGUCACCUACUUCGUGAAAGCCAGAAGUUUGGGCUGAGAAAUAUCAUGCCAUCGAAGAGCUUUUGGCUCUCAAUGGAGCAAGUGAUCCAUGUCCCAUGGACCCCAGGUAAUUUGUCAAACCAUUAGAAAACUGUGCACUUCAGUGGUUAUGGUGCUUGGAGUGUUCUCUUAACCAUUUCAGUGCCAGAAGCAUUACCAACGGAUUGCAAGGCAGUACGUGGUACAUUAUUCUAGCACGGGAAGUGAUUUGUUCAAGGCAUUAUGUGCGCCAUUUUUUUUUUACUGUAUGUGUACUGUUAGUACUAUGUAUAUACUGUAUUUCUAUGGCUUCCUUUGUAAAAAAAAAUAAUAAUAAUAUUCACUAAACAGUUUAAGCUACUGUUGAAAAAAAAAUACUCUUUAUUUAUUAACAUGGAUUCGAGUAUGAUUUCAUGGAUUGUUAUAUAAAAUGAUCUUUCAUGUUUCACUUUUCCAAAGUUGUAACUUUGAUCUUCUUGGGAACAGAAGAUAUAGUCAAAUGUUUCCACCAAUUAAAAGCCAACAUUUCAUUCUUUAGAAAGUGCGAAGGGAAGCUUUGUAUUGUUUUCUGACAUUCCCUUCUUAAAGGAUGCAACGUGUGGGAAGAGCACAGCUUCAAACCGCUAAAAUGUUGCUAUUGGUAUGUUGUUGGUUUGGUUUUAAAGGAUAAUUGUCUUGAUGAACUGUUCUUCAGAACAUCUCGUUUUAUCUUAUAAAUUUCAGUGCAAACUUUCAA